CGGCGGGCAGGGCUACCCGCGCCAGCGGGAGAACGGUUCCCAGGGAAAGGGAGUUGAGCGGUCCCGAGGUUUAAAAUUCCUGUGCUUGGGCUGUCCAUCCCAGCGGAAGGGUCCUGGGCUCUCUCUCGCUCCAGCCGGUCCCUGGUUGCUUCUGGCCGGCCAUGCGGCCAGCUGGGGUGGGGUGUGUUGGGAAGAUCCAGGUUGGAGAGACAGUUGCACUCUCGGAGGGGAGAGGAGACAAGUCCCAGCGCUGGCGGUUACACCAUUUUCCCUGCCGGUGGGGAAGUUCCCUAUUUUCUGUUCUGCCCCAUCCUGCAGCUCUCCCUCUUGCGUCCUGAGCCCUCCUGCGCUGGAGCAGGGCUGGCCUGCUGCCCGCUCCGAGGGGAAUUAGAUCCGUGCCCGCAGGCUCGGCAAGCUAUAGCUCCAAUGGAGCCGUGAGCACCAACACGGUAGUGGUACUGUGGGCAGAGUGGAAACUGGAGAGAGUGAAAGACAGCGAACACCAGGCUGACGCUGGCAGGGGUUCUCUAAGGGCAUACAGCUAGAUUAAUAGUUCAUAGCAGCAGAGGAGCUGAUUUACAGGCCCUUAGAGGAGAAAACCAGAAGAUCAGUGGGUGGUUGGGGUUUGCCAAAACCAACUUGAUAGCCAUAAUGGGAGUAACGGCAUUUUAUGCAGAGAUACACAAAUGGCUUCAGGGGCCAGAGGCAGGCUGUCAGGAGGAGGAGGCUUAGAAAGCUUUCAGGGAGAGGGGAUUUCUCUCUGCUAUGCUUGCUGGUCAAGGACUUGGGUUCCAGGAAGGGUCUCAGAGCAAAGUCACUCUGAACACAAUAAGAGAGAGACUCAGCAGCCUCUUGCCAGUAGCUGUUGGGACUCCAGGGAUGGAGCAGAGCACAGGAGUUGUGCAGAGAGCAAGCCAAGUAUUUAGGGCUAUUGUUUGCAGGUGUUAGCAGACCCAAGGGAAAUCAAAUGCGAAGGGAAGAGUGUGUUAAAGGAGCAGCCAGCUGAGUGGCUGGAACGUGUCAGCUGUACACCAGCACAGUUCAGAGCAGGGCUAUGCUUGUGCUGCCUCCUGCAUUUCUGGAGCACCCUUUCCCAUGGCUACUAAACACUCCUGCCUCGGAUAGGCUGACGUGUGUUUCCCUCCUGCCUGCAGGGCAUCAGCUCUGCAAGUCAGCCGACUGUCAUGGGAGGAAAGAAAAUAGCACCUGCAUUACUAGGUCACGUUCAAGGAGCUGCAGGCAUAAAAGAUUAGAUUUAACUUGCACUGUUUGCCAAAGGCUGGCCCUUAACUGAAGCACUGUGGCUGGCACAGGGAGGCUGUGCCAUCUGGCAAGGGUACUGUGGCAGUGCUGCGCUUCAGGGCAAGGAGCUGAUGCUGCGCUGGGCACUGUCUUGCAGCUGGAUUGCUGCUCUUUCCCCCCAUUCUCAGCAAUGCCCAGAGAAUCCUUCCUGAACCCUAGGAAUGUGUGAAGAUGGGGAGAAUUAGCCAAGUGAAUGGGGUCUGCAGUUCAAGGCUAUGAUCCAGGGCAGAUGUGUUGGGAAGACAAAGUAGGGGAUGCUACUGAUGGAGGAAGGAGAGAUGUGUUCCCUUCUGGUAUGUAUGGGGGAUAAAAGCUGCAUAUGCUACACUCCUAGGGGAAGCCCCAAGUCCUGGAGGCCAGAAAGGCAUGCUGCUUGGCACAGGAGGCAGAACUUCACCUUGAGAGGAGGUCUGAGGUUGCCUGAGGUUGCUUUUCCAGGAACAAGGAAGCAGGUGGUGAUACCAUCUCUGCUCAGCAAGUAAGUGAGAAGAAAUGCAGAGCGUGCCUGUAGGCUGUCCCCUGAUCCUGCCCCUUUGCUAGAAGUCGCCGGUGUUUUUCUGUGGUCAGGCAGACCUUGACCCCAGCGGAACUCCUGUCUGUGGUACUGGCAGUCCCUGUGGCCAUGCUGGGGCUGAACGGGUUGCUGAGACCAACCUCUUCCUCCCCGGCCGGCGGCCGGCCCCGCGCCGACAUGGACGAGCAGUUCCAACCCGUGAGUGCGGCACGGAUCGGAUCGGAUCGGCCCGGGGGGUGUCGCUGCCUGGUCCCGGCCCCGGAGCUGCGCAGGGGGCAGUGCCCGACCCCACGGGUGGGGUGGGAGUGCCUGGAUGGGAUUGACUAUGAUGACUUCAGUUUUGGCUCCCACAUGAUGGAGCAGAAGGAGCCCCUGAUGGAGACAGUGGAAGGUCCCUACCUUGUCAUUAUUGAGCAGCCAAAGCAGCGGGGUUUUCGAUUUCGGUACGGCUGCGAGGGCCCUUCCCAUGGGGGGCUGCCAGGAGCAUCCAGUGAGAAGGGGCGCAAGACCUAUCCCACUGUCAAGAUCUGUAACUACACAGGGAUGGCCCGGAUCGAGGUAGACCUGGUGACACACAGUGACCCUCCCCGUGUACAUGCCCACAGCCUGGUGGGCAAGCAGUGCAACGAGGCUGGCAACUGUGUCACGAUCGUGGGACCCAAGGACAUGACUGCUCAGUUCAGCAACCUGGGUGUGCUCCAUGUCACCAAGAAGAAUAUGAUGGAGAUCAUGAAGGAAAAGCUGAAGCAGCAGAAGAUGCGCAACAGGAGCCGCCUGCUGACGGAAGGGGAGCUGCGUGAGAUCGAGCUGGAGGCAAAGGAGCUGAAGAAGGUGAUGGACCUGAGCAUUGUGCGGUUGCGCUUCACCGCCUACCUCCGUGACAGCAGUGGCAACUUCACGCUGGCUCUCCAGCCUGUCAUCUCAGACCCCAUCCAUGACAGCAAGUCCCCCGGAGCUUCCAACCUAAAGAUCUCGCGGAUGGAUAAGACAGCAGGCUCCGUGCGGGGAGGAGAUGAAGUCUACUUGCUGUGUGAUAAAGUUCAGAAAGAUGACAUUGAGGUGCGUUUCUACGAGGAUGAUGAGAACGGCUGGCAGGCAUUUGGGGACUUUUCUCCUACAGAUGUGCACAAGCAGUAUGCCAUUGUCUUCCGCACACCCCCCUACCACAAGCCCAAGAUCGACCGUCCUGUCACCGUCUUCCUGCAGCUGAAGCGGAAGCGGGGAGGCGAUGUGAGUGACUCCAAGCAGUUCACCUACUACCCAGUGGUGGAAGAUAAGGAAGAAGUGGAGAGGAAGCGCAAGAAAGUCCUGCCUCAGUUUCCUCAGCACUUUGGCGGUGGCUCGCAUAUGGGGGGGGCCGGCGGGGGGGCUGGGGGCUUUGGCUCUGGAGGAGGUGGGAACCUCAGCUUCCCAUAUUCCUCUGGACUGACCUACAACAGCAUCUACUCGCCUGGCCCCCACCCAGUGGGUGGCUACCAGGGGGGUGUGCAGAUGAAGGGCCCUGAGGCAGAAGGGCCUGGGAGUGACAGGCAGGCACCUGUAGAAGAGAGCACGUACUGCAAGGAGCUGCAGAAGCACGCCCAGCUGUGCCAGCUGUGGAUGCUGGCGUUAGCCCGUCGCAAUGCCCAUGCCCUGCUUGACUACUCGGUCACCGCCGACCCCCGCAUGCUGCUGGCAGUCCAGAGGCAUCUGGCCGCAUCACAGGAUGAGAAUGGAGACACGCCUUUGCACCUCGCUAUUAUCCAUGAACAGACAGCUGUGAUCAAGCAGCUGAUCGAUGUCAUUGUUAGCAUCCCCAGCCAGCAGAUCAUCAAUAUCUCCAAUAACCUGCAACAGACACCACUGCAUCUGGCAGUCAUCACCAAGCAGCCCCAAGUGGUCCAGCUCCUGCUGCAAGCCCACGCCGACCCAACCUUGCUGGACCGCUAUGGCAAUUCCCUGCUGCACCUGGCACUCCCGGCUGGCGAUGAAGAGAUGCUGAGGACGCUGCUGGCUCACCUGGGCUCAGCUGCCCCUUAUCUGCUCCGCCUGCCUGAUUUCCAUGGCCUCCUGCCUGUGCAUUUGGCUGUGAAGGCAAAGAGUUUGGCUUGCCUGGACCUGCUGGUCAGGACGGGAGCAGAUGUGAAUGCAGUGGAGAGGCAAAGUGGGAGGACCCCACUGCACCUGGCUGUGGAGAUGGAGAACCUGAACAUGGCCACCCACCUGGUGAAGAAGCUAGGAGCAGACAUCAACAGCCGGACUUUUGCCGGGAACACCCCCCUGCACUUGGCUGCUGGCCUAGGCUCCCCCACCCUCACCAAACUGCUUCUUAAAGCUGGGGCAGAUGUUUUGUGUGAGAAUGAUGAGCCCAUGAGCCUAUCCUCGUCAGAGGCCAGUAGUGACACAGACACUGACCCUGAGGAGCAGGAGCUGGCCAUGGAUCUGGGGGAGCCAGCUCUGGCUGCAGAGCACAGCACCGGUUCCAAGCUCUCCACACAGGGGCACUGGCAGGCAGGGCACAGGCAGCGCCGCUGCCACACGUCCCUGGACCUGACUCGGAGCCAGAAGGUGCGGGAGAUCCUGCUGCAGGCCUCCCAGCAGGGGCCCGAGGCAGAACUGCCCACUGCCCCCCAGCCAGGGAAGGUCCUGUCACUGGACAGUGAGGCACUGCAGGGGCUGGAGCAGCUGCUGAACCAAGACUGCAGUGGGUCAGACUGGAUCGAGCUGGCCAAGCGCCUGGGGCUGUGCAGCCUCGUGGAGACCUACAAGGACACGCCCUCGCCCAGUGUCAGCCUCCUGCGCAGUUACGAGCUGGCAGGUGGCAGCCUGGGGGGACUGCUGGAGGCACUGGACUCCAUGGGGCUCCACAAUGCCGUGAGGAUGCUCCACAAAAGCGAGGCACUGGAGAAGCUGCAAAGCACAGAGCUGAAGGAAGACAGUGCCUAUGGCAGUGAGUCGGUGGAGGAGGAGCAGGCGCCCACACUAGCCCUGAAGCCAGGGGGUGAGCUGCCCCCCAGCCAGCAGCCACAGGUGCACUGAGGAGCCAUUCAGCAGCCCCUGUGACCACACAGGGAGCUGCACUGCCCUUUGCCUUACCCACACAAGUGCCUUCUGGACUAGGGCUCCGGCUGCCUGGACUCAGGGGGAUGGGAUGCAGCUGGCUCCUGCCCGUCUCUGCUCUUAUUUAAUGGUUUUUCUUCUGAAUAAAAGGACACAGGUUCCAUUAA